AUGGUAAUGGUGAUGAAGAGCGCCUAUGAAACCUCGGUCAAUCACGGCAUACCGGUAUCAAGCCAGCCCCUCUGCUCUCACAAGCUGGCAUUACUUACUGCCUCUCGCUGGAAGCGCGAAUCUGGCGAUACUGGUCGAUAUAUUGCGCAAAAUAUCAAAUUCGAACGAACGACAUACGUAUCACCGUGGCGCAGUCGCGUGAUGAACCUUCUCUGCGUCAUCCUCCCCGCUUGCCAUGCAGCUCAAGUCACGGCCAGAGCUCUAGACAGCUUCGAGCUUCUUCGGGAAGAACCACGGCCAGGGAUCAUUCUUCUUUCCGUGGCUGACCAUACAGUAGAAUACCCUAGCCGACCCGCUGACAGAGGCUUACUGCAUGCCUCGAUCCCUUGGGAGAGCAACACUGAUACGCUCGUCUUCUCCCGCGCUUCUGUUUCUGCUCGCCCUCCUCACAACACACAAUCAGGACUAGAAGUCGAUGGUCUAUUGAGAGCCCAAAGUCCUGUCAAAGACAAGAAGCCCGCCCUCGAACGACACAUAUCUCAUAUCCCUCAAGACGACGAGGAAGACAACGCGGCGGCCGAUGAUCACUUGAAGCCUGAGGGAGGUUUUGCGAACAGGAUCAAGAACAAACUCAAGAAGACCGUCUCGCGCGAAUCACGAGGGGACCAUUGCGACGAAAAGACUCGUCCAACCUCACCUCGAAAAGGCCAUACUCGCUCAAGCUCCGGACUUGAAGUAUCGGGUGUGAUGCGCUUUGACCCUGAUCAUGAGGAGCCUGAGGAUGAGCAUUCCAACAAGCCAAGUCUGAUUCGGAAGCUCACCAACGCACGAUUUCUUCCAUUCCGCAUGACGAUUAUGACAGCGAUGGCGAAGGACCGAUUUAAAGGAGCGGAAGCAGAGGUCGAAAAUCAGGUACUUCACUUUUUGUCGCAUCUGAAAGCGUCGUCGGUCGACAUCUCUCUCUCUCUCUCUUGGGCUAUCAUUUCGUGUAUUGAUCUCACGCCGUUCAUGGACGCCACAGAUCGGAUGGCAGCAAAGCUUGAUAUCUUGAUAGAUUUUGUAAGACUGCUAAUUGGGGUUCAAGCACCGCUUUAUCAAACCCUGACAGAAAUCACAGAUGAGUGA